UCGCAACCUAGUGAACCAACUCCAAUGUGUAAUGAUAAAGUUAUGGUUGAGCAACUCCAAUGCGUCUCAGUUUACAAAAAACCCGCGUUGAUUAGUGAAAAUAGUUCUUUAUUAUUUUUUGUUUUAUUUCAAAGUUUAUCGAACAUAAAUAAUGUUUCGUUUUAGCUAAUGUUUCUUAUAUACUUUGUAUGUUUAUAAAGACAACAACAAUAAAGUGAUGAAUAUAUUAUGAAGAUGAAAUUAACUUCGUUACUUUGACUCAAUUUGGUAUUUCUUCGAACCUUUUACCUUAUACAAAGAUCAUUAUAUGUUUAUAAUAAGUUAUUUGAAUAAAACUAUAUUAUACAGGGUUUUUUUACAACUCAUGUACAAUAAAAUAAAAUAAAUAUUAUAUUUUAUUAUAUUAAUUAUGGUCCCCUCUAACAAAUAAUUCUAGCUCCGCCCGGCUCUUCCCACUUAUAACAGUGGACACUGUUGGAAGAAGAGAGGCCCUCUCUCGAAUGGGGUAACAGAUCCAAGUAUUGGUGAUAAAGCCCUGAUGAAAGUAAGGAAAGGCAACCGGACUGCAGGUUCAAGUGCAAAGAAGAGUGAUCGAUCAAUUUUGAUCACAACAGGAUCGGUGCUUUUAGGUAGCUCCAUCUUUCUAAUUGUUCUUUCUCUGCUAGGAAUCUACGUGUUCUUUACUCGAUGGAACCAACAAAAACAAAAGAUGGUACCGCAACUCCAUGUCAUGCCAGAAAUGAAUCUGCAGAAUUUUACUUACAAUGAGCUGGAAACAGCUACAGGAGGAUUCAAGGAAGAACUCGGUAGGGGUGCUUUUGGAAUUGUUUACAGAGGGGCACUAGCCAACGAAGACAAACCGCUCAUCGCAGUAAAGAAAUUAGAAAAGAUGGCCGGGGAGGACGACACAGAAUUCAAUACAGAAGUGAAAGUUAUUGGCAGAACAAAUCACAAGAAUCUGGUUCAACUUGUUGGAUUCUGUAACGAAGGGGAAAAUCGCCUUCUGGUCUACGAGUACAUGAGCAGUGGCUCCUUGUCAAACUACAUAUUUGGAUAUACAAGGCCUAGUUGGCACCGAAGAAUGCAAAUUGCUUUCGGUGUAGCCAGAGGGCUACUUUACCUCCAUGAAGAAUGCAGCUCCCAGAUAAUCCAUUGUGAUAUCAAGCCUCAAAAUAUCCUCCUCGACGAAUCUCUUAACGGCAGGAUUUCAGAUUUCGGACUAGCCAAGCUGUUGAAGACGGACCAAACCAAAACAACGACAGGAAUCAGGGGGACGAAAGGGUAUGUAGCUCCUGAAUGGUUCAAGAACUUGCCUGUCACAACCAAAGUAGAUACCUACAGCUUUGGCAUUCUCUUGCUGGAGCUAGUUUGCUGCAGAAAGAACUUUGAGAUUAAUGCAAUGCAAGAAGAUCAGAUAGUUCUUGCAGACUGGGCAUGUGAUUGCCUUAAAGAAGGAAAGUUGAACCUUUUAGUAGAAGAAGAUGAAGAGGCAAUGGAAGACAUGAAAAGGGUAGAGAGGUUUGUGAUGGUUGCAAUUUGGUGCAUUCAGGAAGAUCCAUCUUUAAGACCUGGAAUGAAGAAAGUUGUGCAGAUGUUAGAAGGAGGUGUUCAAGUCUCUGUUCCUCCUGAUCCUUCAUCAUUUAUCAGCACAAUCUAAAUCUUUUUGAACACACACACACAUGUGUGUGUGUGUGUCCAGAAACUAAGGCCAAUGAAUGUUACCUAUCUACCUUGCAUUGAAUAAUCUGUAGUUCCUAUCAUGUGUUAGAUCUUGUACAAUAAGGCUUAAAACGCAUGCUUUCAAUUAUUAUUUUUUCUUUUCA